AGUGUGUCAUUUGAUAACAUGAACAUCAGUUCUAAUGUCAAAUAUAGUUAAAAUUUAUUUAAAAAAGAAUAAUUAAAAUCAAUAAACUAUUGAAAUUUUAUAUUUCUGCAAAAACCAAGUAUUUCACUGCCCACAUAAUGAGAGUUGUUAUUUGGAUACAAGUUUGCGGAAUUUUAUUAGCAACGAAUUGUAUAUCCGCAGAUGAUCUCCCCGAAAAUGUUAUUGAGAACACUGAAGAAAACUUUUUUUCACAUUUAUGUGACUUUGAUAAUAGUUCGGGAUUGAUUUCGAGCGAAAACUUUUGUAAUUGUGAUGUAACGCCAAGUCCAGUAAUUGGAAGACCGACUGUGGUUAUUGAUUGUCAUUUGAGUGAAGGAGUCACAAAUUUAACAAAUGAUAUCUUCAAAGCAGAAAAGUUACCAAUCAACACUGUCACAUUAAUACUUUCAUAUCAAAAUUUCCUAGAAAUUCCAAUCUUUGUUGGGCCUCUAUUGGAAUCGUUGGACAUGUCAAACAAUCGAAUUGCAAACAUCAAAACCCAAAAUUUUGUCUACGUAAAAUCGCUUCAAAAACUUGAUUUGAGUUACAAUAACAUUUCAGAAAUCAAUUUUGAAGCUUUUGAUCUUCUGACGUUUCUUUUUCAUCUUGAUUUAAGCAAUAACAAUUUGAAAACACUUCCGGAAAAUACUUUUACGCCUUUGAUUGCACUUGAAAAUUUAAUUCUUUCAAGCAACGCAGCACUUGGACAAUCAUUAGAGAACAAAAUUGUUAAUUUUGCUGUCACAGAUAUUUACCGUCAUUUCGGUGUCAGUCCAAAUGUGAAGUUAUUGGAUUUAGAAAGAUGCAACAUAACAAGUAUAACUUUAUUGGAAGGUGUUGGACUACUUGAGCUGAAAAUUGGAUUCAAUUUGAUUACAAAUUUGACUAACAUAAUUCUUCCAUUAAACAUUCAAAAGCUUGAUGUUAGUGGAAAUCCUAUAAGAGACGUUUCGUUACAUAUUUUGAAGAAUUUGACUGAACUUGUCAUGGAAGAUUUGCCUUAUCUUGGCAGUAUUGAAGGAUUUCGUUUAAAUAAUUUUCCAAAUAUAGAAAAACUGAGUUUAGAAGGUUCGAAAAACUUUUCAACAUUUCCCGAUGACACUUUCAUUACAACUGAAAUGCUUGAAAACAGCACAGACUUCAACUUUAAAAAAUUAAAUCUUCGUGGGUGCAACAUUCGUACAUUAGAUUCGUCACUUUUGGAAACAUUUGAACGAUUAGAUGAACUUCAUUUGGAUGGAAAUCCUAUAAAUUGUGAUUGCAAUAUCAAAUGGAUGAAGAAUUUGGAGUUGAAAACAAAUCUAAGAUGUAAAAAACCUUCUUCCCUGCAAGACAAACUUCUUGAUGAUAUCCACGAAGAUGAUUUAAAGUGCAGUCGAAUGACAACAUUUAUGAGAAAGGUUUUGAACAGUAUUAUUCUUAUUGUGUUACUAAUCGGUUGUUCUCUCGCAAUUUGGUGCUUCUUCCGACAACUUAAACCAUCAAGUCGUCGAACAAAAUUUCAGAAGAUUGGACCAGAUUCACCUUAUCAACGGGUGACCAUUGAGCCUCAUCGAGCUGAAUAUUCAUUGUAUUAGUUAAAGAGAAAAUGAUAGAAAAAUAUCUGUCAUUAAUGGAAUAUGUUUUAUUUUAUAUUUAUAAUUAAAUACGAAUGAGAUUGAAAAAAAAAGAAUUCAGAACACGUCUUAAAAUUAAUUUGCAAGAGCUUCUUGAAGCUUCUUUCUAGCCAACUGAACUCGAUCUUCUUGUUUUCUGAUAUCGUCUUCAGUAAUUGAGCAUGCAUAAAGUAAAGGUUGAUCGGGAUUCACAAACACGCCAGGAUUGUUGCUUAAUGCUGUUUUAGCUGACAUUUGUCCUGUAACAGGAUGCAUUGAAGAAUGAAGAGCCGUUGCUACUGAUUGGAAUAAAGUUUGGUCUUUGACAUGUGGUCCAACUGGUUUCAGUUGUUUAGGUAAAUCAAUCAAUGUGAAUUCAGUCCCUUCGCUGUCACAUGCAUGAAAGUUCUGUAAGCCAAAUAAACAAUGAUAAUAAAAAAAUUAUUAAAAAUAUUUCUUU